AUGUUUACAUGUACUAAUUAUGCCGAGAAUCACGUUCUGAAUCUGAACAAGUAUCACAUUUUUUGGGAUUGCAUUGGUGCAAUUGACGAAAUCUACGUUAGAGUCGUCCUUCCACGGGAGCAGCGCGUGAGUUUUAUCGGAGGAAAAGGAAUUUCGACACAGAAUGGGCUAGCGGCAUGUGAUUUCAAUUUGUGCUUCACAUUCGUGCUUGCAGGUACAACGGGAAACUCCCACAAUGCUCGAAUCUUGGCUCGGCCAAUACAUAAUCCCGAGAUUGAGUUUUCGCAACCUGCACCUGGAAAAUAUUACCUGGUUGACUCUGGAUUUGCUCAUCGACCUGGGUAUGUGGCGCCCUAUAAGGGUUCGAAUAUAUUGUACCAUUUUCAACAAUUCUAUGACGGAGACACUAGUUGCAGACGUAACUUUCGAAAUGCUCGCGAAAAAUUUAAUUUCAGGCACUCGUCAUGCAGGAACGUCAUCGAACGUGCAUUUGGCGUUUGGAAAAGUCGAUGGAAAAUACUCGAUCGUAUGCCAAGUUAUGUGUUCGACGUGCAAACACAUGUUGUAAUUCUAACCACGGCCAUUCAUAACUUUCUUCAACGGGCGGGUGUGGUGGACGAAGCAUUCCUAAGAGCGGAGACAGACACUGACGCAGCAAAAGUGGAGCUCCCAAGCGCAUGUGACGAAGCUUCAGUGGAAAUGAAUGCACCGGAAUCAUGA